AUGAAAGAAUUAAUUUGUUCAACCAUUGAACGUAACGUUGUAUUAAAAUGUAUUCGUGAUCAUAAACGUUUGGAUCUUCGAACGAUUGAUGAAACUCGUUCGAUUAAUAUUGAAUUUCAUGCACAUCCUGGUUAUGUUUCAGUUACUCUUGGUCAAACACAUGUUAUUGCACAAGCGUCAUGUCGUAUAACUAAACCAAAAGAAUCACGCGCAUCAGAAGGACAUAUUCGUAUUCAUCUCGAUAUGUCAAAAAUUCCAUUAAUUAAUUUAGAAAAUUGGAAACAUCAAGAAUUUGUACAAGAAUUAAACGGUAUUCUUGAACAAAAUAUUCGUCAUUCAAAUUGUCUUGAUCUUGAAUCAUUAUGUAUUAAUUCUGGAGAAUUAGUAUGGUCCAUUAAAAUUGAUCUUAUUGUACUAAAUAAUUGUGGUAAUAUAUUGGAUUGUGCUAAUAUAGCAACACUUUGUUCAUUAUAUCAUUUUCGUCUACCAGAAGUAUCUGUGCAUGGAUCAGAAAUUCGAGUGUAUUCAUCAACUGAACGUCGAGCUCGUCCAUUACGUAUUCUUCAUUUUCCAAUUAAUGUUUUAUUUGCUUUCUUUAUUGAUGGUCAUUAUACAUUAAUUGAUCCAAAUUCUGAUGAAGAACGUCUUAUGGAUGGAUUUUUUUCUAUUUCAAUGAAUCAACAUAAAGAAAUAUGUGGAAUUCAUAUGGGUGGAAAAUUAGGUUUAAAAAAAGAACAAGUUGAAUUAUGUAAAAAACUUGCAUUUAAAAAAGUACUUGAAUUAACUGAUCGUAUUCGACAAGUAGUUACUGAUUAUUAUAAAACAAUUGAACCAAUUACACAUGCUCAACCAUCGAUUAUACGUAUUGAUAAUGAUGAAGAUGAAGAUGAUGAUAGUAGUAGUUCAAGUGAAAGUGAAGAUCCUGUUUUAAUAAAACCCGAAAUACCACCAUCACCUAUUGAAAAUAAUGUUUCACUUUUACUCAUGCCGGAUCUUGAUAAUUUAUCAUUAACCGAUGAUGUUUCAACAAUGAUUGCUACGAAUGUUGAUAAAUUAACAAGUGAUUUAGAAAAUGAUGACGAACACGAUAACGAAUGA